UUGUUUCAGUAGUUCCCAUGGACGAGGAGCAUCAAAGCUGUGUGCAGGGGGUAAAAUGCUCUGAGGCGGAGAAAAAGCAAAGCGAGCUUCAAUUGAAGCCAGACAGAUUCUUCUAUCCCGGGACUCCGCCCUCCAUUGUCGUAUCAGACACUCUGGAAGCCGACUUUCCGAUCAUUUACGUCAACACCGUCUUUGAGAGCUCCACCGGCUACUAUGCCAACGAAGUCAUUGGCAGAAACUGCCGGUUCUUACAGAAUAGGAUACCACGUGCACAAAGGCGGCAUCUUAUGGUGGAUCCUGUAGUUGUUUCAGAAAUUCAUAGAUGUCUUGAGGAAAGAGUGGAAUUCCAAGGUGAGCUCCUCAAUUUCAGGAAGGAUGGUACUCCCUUGAUUAACAAGCUACAGCUGAAGUUCAUACAUGAUGAUGAUGGCAUUGUAACACACAUAAUGGGCAUUCAGUUCUUUUCUGAAGCAAAUAUGGAUCUUAAUCGUGUACCAUAUCCACUUUUCAAAAAGACUACCACCCAGAAGAGUGGCCAGCCAUUUCUUAAGUCUUCUAUGAAUGGGCAUGCACUGGAACUUCAACAUUAUAUGACAUGUGCGAUUCUUCUGCUCUCUGAUGAAGUUUUAACCCAUGCUAUCUUAUCACGCUUGACACCAAGAGAUGUUGCAUCCUUAGGGUCUGUCUGUAGAAGGUUCAGACAACUGACAAAGAAUGAGCAUGUGGGUAAAAUGGUUUGUCAGAAUGCAUGGGGAAGAGAAGUCACAAGUACUUUGGAGUCGAUGACAAAGAAAUUAGGAUGGGAUCGUCUAGCUAGGGAGCUGACCACACUUGAGGCAGUUCAUUGGAAAAUACUCAAGGUUGGGGGUUCUGUGGAACCUUCACGUUGCAAUUUUAGUGCUUGUGCUGCAGGGAAUCGACUUGUUCUUUUUGGAGGGGAAGGAGUUAAUAUGCAGCCUAUGAAUGAUACAUUUAUCCUCAAUCUUGAUGCAGAAAACCCUGAGUGGCUCCGGUUGAGUAUGGCAUCGUCCCCACCUGGGCGUUGGGGACACUCUCUCUCAUGCCUUAAUGGGUCUUUGAUGGUGGUGUUUGGUGGAUGUGGUCGACAAGGAUUACUUAAUGAUGUAUUUGUGCUUGAUUUAGAUGCCCAAAAGCCAACUUGGAAACAAGUUUCAGCUGAAAAUGCUCCCCUCCCCAGAUCUUGGCACAGCUCUUGUACAGUGGAAGGCACAAAGUUGGUUGUCACAGGUGGAUGCACGGAUGGAGGUGUACUUCUAAGUGACACGUGUCUACUGGAUUUCACUACAGACAAGCCUAUGUGGAAGGAGAUUACUACAUUGUGGGCUCCUCCCCCUAGUUUGGGACACUCACUUUCAGUCUAUGGAAGGACUAAGAUUCUUAUGUUUGGUGGACUUGCCAAGAGAGGCAGUCAUCUACGAUUACGAUCAGGUGAAGCUUACACAAUUGAUUUGGAGGAUGAUGAGCCACAGUGGAUGCAACUGGAUUGUAGUAAUGUUGGCAACGAAAGAGCGGUGGCUCCUCCAGCUAGACUUGAUCAUGUUGCCGUAAGCAUGCCUUGUGGGAGGAUCAUUAUCUUUGGCGGAUCGAUUAGUGGUCUGCACUCUCCUUGUCAGACAUUCCUUCUGGAUCCUUAUGAAGAGAAACCAUCGUGGAAAGUUCUUAACGUUCCUGGGCAACCUCCCAAAUUUUCUUGGGGUCACAGCACUUGUGUAGUUGGAGGGACUAGAGUCCUGGUGUUGGGUGGGCAAACUGAUGAGGAGUCGAUACUGCAGGAAUUGCAUGAACUGUGCUUGACAAGCAUUCCGGGCUAUGAUACAUGAUUAAUCAAAUCUGUAACAGCCCAAAUAAUAUGCAAAAGUUUUUGCAUCAACUGUGAAUCUGUUAUUAUGCGCAC